AUGAUUAGGAAUAACGUUAGGACUUCCUCAUUACUGUCCCUGAAGAAACGUGUUGAGGCAAUUGCCCGGCUUAACCUUCUAAAACUCAUAAAGGCUGUGUACGAGCACCAUCCAAGGCCAAAACAGCUGAUAGUAGAGAACGAUCUACCUCAGAAACUGCAGAAUCUGAUAGAAGAGCGACGUGAUGGACAACGUUCAGGAGGCCAAGUUCUGAACCAGAACCAGCAGCAAAACAUUCAGGAAAACCAGCAGCAAAACAACAAAGAUCAACACAUCCACGUCCAGCAGGCUGAUGAGAAUGACAACUGGCUACAACAGUAUACUAACUUUGGUGUUGGCUACGAUGACUACAACGAGCAGCAGGAUGAUAAUGGUGGCAACCAGCAGUAG